CACCGUCCCAGAUGGGUCAGACGCGUUAGUGCCAACGCGAUCAAAACCGCACCCGCGCGAGAAUCUCGAGCGCGGGGAAGCCUCCACUCGCGGACAAGAAUCCCAGAUGCCGAACGACGACGUUUCAACCAAACGUUGACCAGACCAAGAAACCAUGAAAACGACACCGUAUUCCCCGAAGAGUGGUCACAUCAUAGUCCUAGGUACAAUCAUGGGUAAAUCUCCUACUCCUAGGUAGAGGUAUGGCCUAAAGUUCUGACAUGUCAGUAGUCAUGUAACCAUGUAACUCACCCACCACCAUGUAGCCUAUAAAUAUGACAUUUACUCCGGUGGGUGAGGGGAUCGCAUUUUUACUCUCUCACUAGACUUGCGAAGAACUUCAUCUCUCUAAGAAUUUCCUCGGCCCUAAACUCUCUGUUGUUUACUCUUCUAGCCCAUUUUUUCCCCGAGUCUACCUCCUACCCUCAGUUAGACUCAAACAACUCAUAAAUUGUUUCGCGCGAUUGUGUGGCUACCGAGUUAGCUAGGUUGAUUAACGACUCAUGUACAAAUCAAUAUAUAAUAACUACUUAUGAACUGGUUAUGAACUGACAUACUUGCACAAAAGAACACAAGAUGUGUGCUGUGCCGAUCGAGGUAGAGAUUGUGGUUGGGUAAGUAACUGCUGGAAAUUGAAAGCCAUAAGUUUAAAUGAAUGGGAAGGAGAUGGUGUGAAAAUAAAUGGGAGAGGUUGAUCGGCAGGCAGGCAGGCAGGACUUUUGCCAGAAUGUUAUCAACUGUACUGCACAACCCUCUUUUUUAUAUAUAAAUAAAUGUCUCACCAUUCUAUCUCAGUCCUGUUUCUGUUACUAUUUAUAUACAUUUCUUAUAAUUUCUUCUGCAUCUUUUUUUUCCUUUGUCACCCAAUUCAUCAAUGCACUAGUGAUGUCUCCCCUCCUUUACUUCUUCUUUCUUCUCUCAAUCGACACUGUUAAAAUCAAGUGACUGAGUCUGCUGGGAGAGCUUGCCAACCUAUUUAGACGACUUGACAGUGUCACCUAUAAUAACUAAAGCUUCUGACUUCUUCUCAAAGAAACAAAGUCAAGCUUUUGACAGAAGAAGAGAAAUGUUACAUGCAUAUAAAUCAAUGUUAUAGGAAAAAUCUGUAAUAUAGCAAUCGGAACGAUAUAUGAUUCCAAAACAAGAUCUUUAUCACCAUAUAUAUAUCUCCAUCAUAUUCCAAAUCCUUACGCAUGAUUAUCGGUAAAACGGUAAACCGUUUACCACAUUUAUCUCCAUGUUUGUCAUAUGGUUAACAAGACAUUCCAUAAGAAUGUUUCAUUUGGACUCGAUCGAACAUGUACCGCGAUUAACACUAGAUUAUUGAUAUCUCGAUGGACUACGAAUUAAAGCUGCACUAGAGGUACUAUUACUAAUGUGAGCUUUCUCUAUGCUGCAAUGGAAAGGAGAGAAUAAAUGUGAAAGGAGAGGGGCAGGUCAGUCAGCAGUAAACUGUAUAUUGACAAAUCUCUUGAAAGCUUUUGCUCAUAGUCAUAGCAACAACAAAAAAAAAAAAAAAAAAAAAGCCAGCCUAGCUUACUAGUUACUACCCACGCCACCACACUCUCUUCCAUUUCCAUGCCCAUUCUCUUUCCCCCAACAUUAACUUCCCCUCUAUCUAUAAAAUCUCUCCUCCCUCCCUCAAGAUCCACCACCACCACCGCCGCCGGCUCAUCACCACAAAAAUGUACAACAUAACGGUGUUCAUCUUCUCCAGCCUGAAACACCUGGUAGAAACCCUCCUCACCAUCUCCCCAACGUUCCAAACCCUACACUACUACCUCGUCAAACACCCACGCGUCCACAACUUCGAGUGGCACCAGGGCCAAACCUUCGGCUCCUCCAUCACCUUCCUAACCCUAACCAUCCUCCUCUACCUCACCCUCACCUUCCUCCUCUCCCGCCGCCACACCUCCACCGUCCCUGUCCCUCCCUCCCUCCUCCGCCUCCUCACCGCCGCACACAACACAUUCCUCCUCUCCCUCUCCGCCACCAUGGCCCUCGGCUGCACCCUCACCAUCCUCACCACCCUCCCGGACGUCCACAACCUCAUCUGCUUCCCCGUCGGCACCGUCCCAAAGGGCCCGCUCUUCUUCUGGGCCCACGUCUUCUACCUCUCCAAGAUCUACGAGUACGUCGACACCUUGCUCAUCAUCCUCAGCUCCUCCGCCUCCCGCCGCCUCUCCUUCCUCCACGUCUACCACCACGCCACCGUCGUCGUCAUGUGCUACAUCUCCCUCCACACCGCCCAGUCCAUGUACCCGGGGAUCCUCGUCACCAACUCCGUCGUCCACGUCGUCAUGUACCUCUACUACCUCAUGUGCUCGCUCGGGAAGCGGCCCACGUGGAAGAAGCUCGUCACCGACUGCCAGAUCGUGCAGUUCUACUCCAGCUUCGGGAUCAUGGCGCUGAUCUUCUACUACCAUUUCACCGGGGACGGCUGCUCCGGGAUCUGGGGGUGGUGCUUCGACUCCGUUUUCAUCGCCUCGUUGCUCUUCUUGUUCCUCGACUUCCACACCAAGACUUACAUGAAGAGCAAGAACGAGGUGAACGGUAACGGUAAUGGAGUUGUUGAUGAUGGUGGUUCUGGUAAGGCAGCGAAGCAAGCUUAGGAGGACGACAGGAUAAUUUAAUUUACUGCGGGUUUGCAUGGAGGGGUUAUCAUUUAUCAACUUGUCAGUGAUUUAGGGGGGGGUUUGAUUCGGUGUAUUGGUGGUCCAUAUUAAUAUGGUGUCCCCACUUUUUUUUUUUUUUUGGUAUUUUUCUGUUUUUUGGGUGGUUGGGAAUGGGGAGGGGGGGAAUUUAAGGCAAAAAGAGAUUUUAUUUGAUGGGGGCAAAAGGGGUUGAAUAACUAAGAAUGAUAGGGUAACGGUGAUUUUUUUUUUUUUACCUUGCUUCAUCUGGUUUGAUGAAGUGUAAUUUUUACACUGUGAUUCAUGUUGUUGUACCACAUAUGGUUUUGCGCUGGGGGUGACUUGUUGCAUAUGAAUCUGCAAUUUUGUUACUGUGCCAUGUGGAUUUCCAAGAUUCGGCUCUGUCGUCGCGUUCACGUUGCACCGGAGGUUUGAAAUCGGUCAUCUCGUGUAUACAAUGAUGACUGAAAAAGUUGCAGGAUGCGUGUGGUUCAGUGAAAUGAUGUGCGCUGCUAAUAAAAUCAUUUGCGAUAC